CGGCUCGGACGCCGCUUCCCACAGGGGUCCGAGGGAAGCGCGUCGCUCGUCGGAUGACGCGAAUUUACCCCGACCCGAAGGACCGGGAGGCGGAAAGCGUGGAAGGAGGCAGUUGCUGACCGUGGCUUUGGGGACGUGAACAGAAAUGGAAACUGAAAAUCAAAAAACUAUGGAAGAAAGCACUGAGAAGAGAAAAGAAGAAAAAAAGAAGCGCUCGAGGGUUAAACAGGUGCUUGCAGAUAUUGCUAAGCAAGUGGACUUCUGGUUUGGAGAUGCAAACCUUCACAAGGACAGGUUUCUUCGAGAGCAAAUUGAAAAAUCUAGAGAUGGAUAUGUGGACAUAUCUCUUUUGGUGUCUUUUAACAAAAUGAAGAAGUUGACCACUGAUGGGAAGUUAAUAGCGAGAGCAUUGAAAAGCUCAUCUGUUGUAGAGUUGGACUUAGAGGGAACCAGAAUCCGGAGAAAAAAGCCCCUAGGUGAGAGACCAAAGGAUGAGGAGGAACGCACUGUGUACGUGGAGUUACUUCCCAAAAAUGUUACCCAUAGCUGGAUUGAAAGAGUAUUUGGGAAAUGUGGCAAUGUGGUUUACAUAAGUAUUCCACAUUACAAGUCUACUGGGGAUCCAAAGGGAUUUGCCUUUGUGGAGUUUGAAACAAAAGAGCAAGCAGCAAAAGCCAUUGAGUUUCUUAACAACCCACCCGAAGAAGCACCAAGAAAACCCGGCAUAUUUCCCAAGACAGUGAAAAACAAACCCAUCCCUUCCUUAAGAGUAGCUGAAGAGAAGAAAAAAAAGAAAAAGAAAAAAGGCAGGAUAAAGAAGGAAGACAGUGUGCAGGCUAAAGAGUUAGAAACAAGCAGCAUGGGCGUGUCUAAAGCGAAGAGACAAAGGACUGCUUCCGAGGGCUCUGAAGCAGAAACACCUGAUGCUCCAAAGCAACCUGCAAAGAAGAAGAAAAAACGGGAAAAGGUGGAGACAUCCAUCUUGCCUGAAGUUAGAGCAGGGAAAAGGGAGAGAAGCAGUGCUGAGGACGAAGACUGCCUCCCCCUCAGGCCUAAAGCCAAGAAGAGGGCUCAGAAGGAUAGCAUUAGUGAGGCUGCUUCUGAAGUCUCCAAAGAAAGCAGAGACUUAGAAUUCUGCUCGACAGAAGAGGAGAAGGAGACUGGAGACAGAACAGGUGAUUCUCUCCUGAAAGUGAAGAGGAAGCACAAGAAGAAACACAAGGAGAGACAUAAGAUGGGAGAAGAGGUUAUACCGUUGAGAGUGUUGUCUAAAACUGAAUGGAUGGAUUUGAAGAAAGAGUAUUUGGCACUGCAAAAAGCCAGUAUGGCUUCUCUAAAAAAAACAAUAUCUCAAAUCAAACUGGAAUCAGAAAUGGACACAGACUGUGCAGUGCCCAGCAAGUCUGGAGAGAGGAGAGGCAAAGAGUGCUGCCCUCAGGAGAAGGUUAAUGCCCAGGGCCCACAGUUUGUGAACGGAGUGAUUGUGAAGAUCAUGAGCACAGAGCCUCUACCAGGCAGGAAACAAGUCAGGGAUGUUUUGGCCACAAUCUCAGAAGUUGUUUACGUUGAUUUGCUAGAAGGAGAUACUGAAUGCCAUGCCCGAUUCAAAACUCCUGAGGAUGCGCAGGCAGUAAUGAGUGCACAGACUGAAAUUAGAAAGAAGCACUGUUGGAACCUCGAGGUCCUUUCUGGUGAUCACGAGCAGAGGUACUGGCAGAAGAUAUUGGUAGAUAGACAGGCCAAACUUAAUCAACCUCGGGAAAAGAAAAGAGGCACGGAGAAGUUAAUCACCAAAGCUGAGAAGAUUAGACUGGCCAGGACUCAACAAGCCAGUCAGCACAUUCGAUUCUCGGAGUAUGAUUGAGAUGAUGAGUUUCCUAUGGGUUUCCUUGCCAGAGUGUUCUGAGAAUGCUGGGACUGAUUGAUGGAUGUUCUGAUGAGAUCUACAUUUAAAGAAAAAGAAAACCUCUGUUCCUCAGUGUGGAACUAAGACUUUUCUUAGAGACAAACAUAUUAUAUGUCAUAUUUUUUUCAAUGACGCUCGUGUUGAAAUUAUGCAGUCAACUUCAAAUGAUUUCAUAAAUAAAUGUGUUUUAAAAAUUAUU